AACACGUCAUGCAAAGCGUUUUCAAGUUCUAGAGUAGGACGAAUUUAUGUUUCAAUUCGAUUCCGUAGUUUUUUAUUUUCCCGUUUAGUUUAACGAGUGUUUUCGAACGCAUCGAAUGCCAGCCGUGGAAUGUUUUCCGAUUUAACCUAGACGAAAUCUGGUACACAGAAUUCCGCGUGAUAUAGGAUCAUUCUGUUGUGAAUUUGGAAACAUUCUUCAAUUUUACGAUAAGCUAACGUCGAUGUAAUUAUUUUGCGUCUUCUACGAGGAAAUUUUGCACGACGCUACUUUCAAAUUCUAGCAAGAGCAUUAGGACAUCGAGCAUCAAUAAUGGCAGAUGAACAGCAACAGUUUUUUCUUAAAUGGAAUGAUUUCCAAUCUAAUAUGGUAUCGUCGUUUAAGCACCUACGAGAUGAGAAAAGCUUCACGGACGUGACAUUAGCUUGCGACGGUCAAACUUGUAAAGCGCAUAAGAUGGUGUUAUCUGCUUGUAGUCCAUAUUUUAAGUCUUUAUUAGAGGAAAAUCCGUCCAAACAUCCCAUUAUAAUUCUAAAAGACGUCGCGUACAGUCAUCUUCAGGCCAUUUUGGAGUUCAUGUACGCGGGAGAAGUUAACGUUUCGCAAGAUCAGUUGCCUGCAUUUCUUAAAACCGCUGAUCGGCUCAAAGUUAAAGGAUUGGCAGAAGCACCGGGUGCCAUUAAGAGAGAGGGUUAAAAGUUUGACUAUAGUUAUGGAUUUUGGGAAGUGUGCGGACUGAUAAAAAAAGAAAAGUGUAAUAAUGUAAAGUGAUUGCAUAAAGACAUAUACCACACACUAUAAAAAAAACACACGCUACGUGUGCACAACUCAGUGUCCUCUGGUUCAUGACUUGGAUCAACACACACAGCGACAAUGUAAAUUAUGCCUUUUUCUUAAUCUCAGUUAAUGUUAAUGUUGUAUUGAAUGUAUGUAUACAAAUACGGUAGAGAUGAAAAUGUUGAUGUUUGUCUUGAACCCAUUGCGCCAUAAUGUGGUAGCGACAACAUUGAUUAUUUUUUUAAAACAAAGUGCUGCAAAAGUAAUAAGUGGGUCACGAUAGUUUACAAUAUGCAAGACAGUUUUGUGAAUCAUAACGGAAACGCUAAAAGACAUCUUUUACAACUACUGUUUUUUAAAAUGAAUCUACUGACUCACUAUACUUUCCUAUCGGCGAGUGGUAGAUCCGUUCACGCGGUAUUCAAAUUUCUUCCGCUACCUGAGUGAAACCUUUAUCAUUUCUUUUAUAGCAAACGUAGGUGGUAUAGCAUCAGUCUGUUUUAUCGCAACUUUUGCAAGGAGCAUACACAUUUUCUGGUAUCGACUCGCAAGAAAUUUCAAUCGUAUCGUGAACGAAUCUAUGCCACCCCGAUUAUCCCUUUGAAUAAUGUUAAAUCAAGUUUACUGGAAGUUGUAACAUGCGUGUCGUACAUUGUUCUCUUUCGUUACGAGUACUGUUAUCUUUUAGAUCAUCGAAAGUACGAGAACGGUGUUCAUGUAAUAGAUCGAGGAGGGAAACAAAAUCGGGACGGUCAUAGUUAUUUGAAAAUGACUCUAUUAUGUUUUUAAAGAAGUUGAAAAGCAAUCGCGUGUAACGUACGCGGAGCGAUGAAUCGUGUCGUUUCUCAACACCGAACAUUUUUAAUCGGAACGAAAACUGUUGAUUCGUACAUCGCAGAUCCAUUCGGUGCCAGUUACCUCUUCUAGUGAUCAUGAUUUUUUACUUAACCAAAUACUGCCAGUAUUUGUACCGGCGUAUUCACAAUAUUACCGAUAGACCAAAUUUAUUUAUGAUAAUAAUAUAUUAAGGGUUGAAUGUCUUAAGUCGAGGGAAGGUUAUUGUAAUAUAAGCGAUGCAAAUUUUUGUAAAGUCGGAGCGCACAGUUCCUUUCCCCUCCCGAUGAAUCAGGAUAAUCAGAGAGUUUUAAAGAAAAAAAGUAAGGAAACAUUAUCGAGUCAAGAAUACAUGCGUCGACGUGUAUCGCACACAAAUUGAUCAUUUUCCUUUUUACUUUUAAACGCUUUCGCUAUUCUCAUCUCGAAGUGUAUUUUGUUUCUUACGAACUCGCGGAUUAUACCUUCCGAUUUGUUUUUCUUUCUCGCUUUUGAAUAUAUUCAGUUCCUGGUUC